AAUUUCACAGAUGACUCUGAUUUCAAUCAUUCAAACAGCCUCUACUAUCUCCUGAUGCUAUGGCAACGUCUUGUAGCAAGUAUUCCCUAUACACGAACCUCCCAGCCCUACCUCAUUGACACCUAUGCUCCACAGGUAACUCGUGCCUACAUCGAAUCGCGAUUGGCCGGUGUGCCACGCUAUGCAGAAACCGUCUCAAAACCCAAACCCCUCCGAAUUACCAAGCUGUCGUCUGCGGUAGAAAAAGCACCUGUGGGUAGGUGUGCUUCAGUUGAUGACCCAGAAUCGGAUGAGACAUGUCCUCUGGAUGAUAAUAUGACUCUCUCUCAGCAGCUCGACCAGUUUUCAAUCAUUGGUCGCUGUGACUAUUCGAGUACCUGCGAGUUAAUAAUCAGCCUCUUCGACCAGUCCUUUAAUCAACUUCAGUCCACCCUUCAGCAGAUGGUUUCCCUGGGCCCAGCUGCCUUCCUGAGUCCUAAUCCCCCAUUUUCUCCCGAACAACUCCAUUCUAUUCGUUUGGAAGAGAAUCGCCUCACUUGGCUAGUCUAUAUGAUUGGAGCGCUGUUGAACAAUCGUUCAACAUCGAGUUCAGGCAGUUUGGUUGAUUCGGAUCAACUAGAUGGUGGACUUAUCGCUAGUGUUAUGCGUCUACUGCAAUUUGGAGAUGUCUGCUUGAAUCUCAUCCUCCAACUAUUGCAACAGGAUGCCCAAUUAAGCAAUCCGAAUGUGGCUUCUGUGCUCAUUCACAUCUCAUCUGGUGCGAUUAUCCGUUUGGAGUUGGCCAUCAUUACUUUCUUAGAGAAGUUCAGAAAGAUAUACAUUGGAGAUAAUAUCAGUCGAGCCUCUAGAAUGUACCAGUCUCUUUCUGAUUUGGUGGGAAUCUCCGAUGAAACUACCAUCUUGAAGGUCUUUGUAAGUAAAGUUCUCCUCAAUCUGCGGUAUUGGAGUGACCAUGAGGUUGUUUUGGAGCCCACUUUGAAGUUAUUUGGCGAAUUGGCCUCUUCUUUCACGGCUAUGAAGAAGCUCCUCACUUUGGAUGAUGUCAAAUUCAUGCUGGCUAACCACACUCCAACGAAUUUCCGUUUCCUCUCCACUACAUCCAGUUCUUCUCUCACGCGCUAUCGAUCGGAGUUCUACGCCUACUUGGCGCGCCUUAUGUUGGUCACUCUCUCAGGUAUUGGAUCCGAUGACAACCGACCUUUCCUUGAUUUUCUAGCUCCCCUUACUGUCGUUGCCAAUAAUCUCAUCUCAAAUCUCCUCCUCUCUGAAAAUUGCUCUAUCUCUCCAGAGGAGGCACGAAGCAAUGUGAUUGGUCUAGCACGAGACCUUGCAGGCGUGGCCUUUAGUCUCAACACAAUGGCAGCAUUCCAACACUUCCUCGAUUGGUUUUAUCCUUCCCUUUUCAGUCUAUUCAGUCGAGCACUUGAAUUCUGGCCCUAUGAUCCUCAUGUCACCUGUCCUAUUCUCAAGCUUCUUGCUGAAAUUGCCAACAACCGCAAUGAUAGACUGAAAUUCGAGAGCACUCUCCCCAUGGGCUACCUCCUACUUGCUGAAAUGACGAAAGUUCUCAACGAUUACGGUCCUCGUUUGAUAGCAUUCUUCGGCCAAAUUAGUGAGGAUAAUGUAUAUGAGCGCAAAGUUAAGCCACUGAGACGAUAUCUAGACGCCUUGCGGAUUACUCUCAAUGAAAAAUAUGCAAAUUUUGCCGUUUUCGGUCUUGUGGGAGACAACUCCUUCGAAAAGUGUGUCAAGUUGAGUACUGAUAUGCUGCUCUGUGUGACUGAUGCAGAACUGAAAGGUUUCAUUAAACUAAGCAAGGCUUAUUUCGCUCUCCUUGAGGUUCUCACUCAGAGUCAUAUGGAGUUUCUCUGUUCUUUGGAUUCAUCAGUUCUUCGACGAUUUUUCAAUGCUAUUGUGAUUGGUGUUGAAUCUCUGGACGGUUUAGUGGCUUGGAGUGCUUGCAGUUGUCUCGAUUCCAUUCUAACGCAUGUCUAUAAGCUCCUUUAUCCUGUUUCCUCUCCUAUUAAUGGAACUUCCAACGGGAUUAAUCAGAAUGGCAAUGGAAUGCUCAAUAAUCAUGGGGAAUCCAAGUAUCCUAUUUUUGUUCCUAGUCCACCUUCUAGUCUACCGACCUCAGAGAUUGCUCAAGCGGCUAGACAACGUUUAACAGCCUGUAUCACUAGAGGAGUGCCUAUUAAAGGGUGUUGUUCAGCACUGGCGAUUUGGUUUGAUCGAACUGAGGCUGGGAACACGAAUCUCAAAAAGGAUUUUCUUCGGCAUUCUCCAGAUGGAGGAGUUAGCGAAUUCACAGUGACUUCUCGACAACUGAUGAUCACCUUUCUAGCGAGUUUCAUGAAUGAGGAGUGCAAGAAUCAGUGGAGUUCGGGUUUUCCCAUAAUAAUUGAGCAUGGUUUUCCCAUGUACUUCUCCAAUCUUCAACGAAGCAUUCUAAAUGCUUUGAGUCCACAACAUAGACCCGAAUUGGAAGGAAUCUUCGGCAAACUCAUGGACGGUGUAGAGGAUAACCUCUUUGCUAAAAACCGCGACAGAUUCACCCAAAACGUCUCAACAUUCCGACAUGCAUUGAUGGAAUUCAUGAAAAAGAUGAGUGUAAAGUUGGUGGAUGACCAGCAAGCCACAAACGCCACCUACGAUACCAAUGAAACCUUCUCCCUUCGCUCUAUUCUCCUUUUCAGUGCCGCCUCCCUUUGA